ACUCGGGACUUUUUUCUAUGACGUUCUUUUGACAUCUUCCGCCGCGGCGACACGUAGCUUCGGGGCUGUAUGUGAUUUAAAAUAAUAAUUUAUUGUCAUUAGUUUAGUGGUGAGAGAAUGCAGGAACUGACUGAGCAGUUGCUGAAGUAUCUGGAGCACCAAGAUGAGGUGGAUACGCUGGAUCUGGUGCCGGUGUUUAAUGAGGAUCAUCAGAAGAUAGUAGGUGCUCUGAAAAGUAUUGAGGCGAGUGGCAAUGUUGUGUCUUCAACGCCAGCAUCGCGCAAAACGUGGGCACUGACGGACGAGGGCAGGUCCGUUGUGGAGAAUGGGAGUCACGAAGCUGUUGUUUUCCAUGCCGUGCCUGAGGAUGGCAUCUCCCAGGCUGAUCUGAUGAAGAGUUCGCCAAAUGCCAAGAUUGGGUUCAGCAAGGCCAUGUCCCAUGGCUGGAUUGCUGUGGACAAGAGCGGGAAGGCGCCUCUUGUGAAGCGCAAAGUGGAGACUAUUGAGGAUGUUGUGCAGCAGCACUUGCUGGAGAUCAGCCGCGGCGGCGGCCAGGAAAUUGCGGACAACGUGAAGCUGGACUACAAGAAGAGGAAAUUGCUGCAAGAGAAUGUCACGAAGAGCUUUGUUCUCUCUCGCGGACCCGAAUUCACGACGAGUCUCACGAAAUUGGAGACGGAUCUCACGGUGGAGAUGCUGGCCAGUGGAUUGUGGCAGAAUCUGAAGUUCAAGGCAUACAACUUUGACGCCCUGGGAGCGCCUGUCGAGAGAGGACAUCUUCAUCCGUUGCUGAAAGUGCGCAGCGAGUUCCGGCAGAUUUUCCUCGAGAUGGGAUUCUCAGAAAUGCCCACGAACAACUAUGUGGAGUCGUCUUUCUGGAACUUCGAUGCUCUCUUCCAGCCACAACAGCAUCCGGCGCGUGAUGCGCACGACACCUUCUUCCUCACACACCCAGCGAAGAGCUCCAAGUUCCCCAUGGAGUACCUGGAGCGGGUGAAGAAGGUGCACUCAGUGGGAGAGUACGGAUCCCAGGGAUAUGGCUAUGAUUGGAAGUUGGAGGAGGCACAGAAGAACAUCUUGAGGACUCACACUACUGCCGUCAGUGCUCGGAUGCUAUACAAGCUGGCCAAUCAGCCAGGAGGCUUCCGCCCGGCGAAGUACUUCAGCAUCGACCGGGUGUUCCGCAACGAAACCCUGGACGCCACUCAUCUGGCGGAGUUCCAUCAAGUGGAGGGCGUGAUUGCCGACGUGGGAUUGACUCUGGGUGAUCUCAUUGGCACUCUGUAUGCCUUCUUCAGCAAGCUCGGCAUCACGCAACUGGACUUCAAGCCGGCCUACAAUCCCUACACGGAGCCCAGCAUGGAGAUCUUCUGCUUCCAUCCGGGUCUCAACAAGUGGAUCGAGAUUGGGAACUCGGGCGUCUUCCGGCCGGAGAUGCUGCUGCCCAUGAAUAUUCCGCCAGAAGUGAACGUGAUUGCCUGGGGUCUGUCGCUGGAACGGCCGACGAUGGUCAAAUACGGAAUCAACAACAUUCGCGAUCUCGUUGGACCAAAGGUGGAUCUCAAGAUGGUGCAGGAGAAUUCGCUGUGUCGCCUGGACAAGUGAACAUCACGUAGUAAUGCAUUUUAUUAAACCUUUAGCAAUGGUACAAUUUCCUGACAAUGAUGCUACUUCAAUACACGAUUACUUAAAAUGCCUGAAUUGGAAAUUGCCUGGCCAAAAAUUUCGGAACACUCUCAAUUCGUUAAAUUUGUCUUUAUUUUAAAAGUGUAUAUUUUUGAAUUGAUUGGAAAAAUAAACUAGUUCUGCGACAAAUUAA